AUGUCUGAAGUAAAAAGGGUUCCUUUGGGAGUACCUAAUGACCUACCAAAUAUAGGAGGUACCGAUCAGUUGGAUGGUCAAAAUUACUUACAAUGGAGCCAAUUUAUUCGAAGGGUUCUCAAGGGUCGUUCAAAACUUGAUCACAUAAAUGGAGGAGGACCAGAACCAGAUGACACUUAUUUCUCAAUUUGGGACAAUGAAGAUUCAUUAAUUAUGACUUGGAUGUGGCAAUCCAUGAUUCCUGAGAUAAGGAGAAAUUAUAUGUUCCAUUCUUCUGCAAAAGAAAUAUGGGAUGAUUUACAGAGCACUUUUUCUUUAAAAAAGGAUCUUGCUGCUUACUAUGACACUGAGAACAGGAUAUUUAAUACAAAAAAGGGCUCCCUUUCCGUAUCAAAAUAUCACGGAAUCCUGAGUGGUCUUUGGAUGGAAUUCGAUCAAAACCAAACAAUAAAGAUGUGUAAAACAGAUGUUGCCGCUCUUGUUGAAUUCAUUGAAAGGGGAAGAAUCUUUAAAUUUCUCUAG